ACCAAGCCAAGAUGGCCAAAUCAUAUAUUCCGAUCAUAUUGCACUCAUUCCAUAUUUUCAUCCAGGCACCUUUUCUGCCCCCGUCCCUCCCCCAACGUGCGAGCGCGCGCAAUGAUUUGGUCACCUGACAGUAUUAUGAUCAGCUGUUACCAAUAUACAUCUCUAGCUCUAUGGCUGUUCCACAGCUCUCGGUUAUCGGUAAACAUAUUCUCUGCGAGUUGAUUUUGGUAUUCGUUCAUGCGGAAAGGUUUAUCCAUGGUUUCGUUCGCAAACAACCGCAAAUUGUGGACUGGACUGGAGCUUUGUCGUUGUUUUUGGAUGACGGAUCGCAUCACCAAGAGCACAAUGCGCUUAUAAAAAUUUAGAUUAUUUAGAAAAUUUAGAUUAUUAUUGUCUACGUGUCGUAGACAUUCUCUCAGUCUCAGGGCUAUAUUGCCUUAUUGGUCAUCGUGUGGCUAUCGGCUAUACCGUAUAUUCUUGCCAGGCUUGUGUCAUCUCGCUGUAGUUUCGGGUUUGAAACUGGGCCAACGCCAACGGUCGGUGCAUCUUCCAUGUCUUCGCUGGGAAGCUGUUUUGGAAUCCUAAGACUUGGACAGUGAAUUAGCUCUCAUCCAAUCUUGUAUCAUCUUUCUGAAAUACCUAUUUUGAUCAUAUUGAUCUGGAUUGUGUAAUCAUAAAAUACUCAGUGACAGCGUACAGUUGUAAUUUUUGUUUCAAACUCAGCAAUUUUUUUGACACUGACAGCUUUGUCGAGCCUCUGUUGUUUAAUGUUGUUAGAGUGAAGUAAAGUUGGAAUGAUGGCAUUUUUCAACAGACUGAGUCAAAGCGCAAGGAAUGUUGCUGGAACGAGCAUCAGGGUAUCAACCCCAGUUCGUCACAAGGCCUCGGCCAGUGCUGCUGCACCUAAGCUGAUCCCUGAUGAAUAUGACGAGCCUCUCAUCAAAACCCAGGUUCCCGGGCCAAAGACACAGGAACUCCUGCAAAGAAUGGACAACAUUACAAAGAACACAGGAACUAUCCAGCUAUUUGCAGACUACAAAGCAAGCAAGGGGAAUUUUUUAGUAGAUGUUGAUGGCAAUCGCUACCUGGACUGCUUCAAUCAAAUCUCAUCCGUUCCUCUUGGGUACAACCAUCCAGCUCUUCUACAAGCUGUAUCAAAUCCAGAUCUCGCUACGUCAAUGAUAAACCGGUCAGCCCUUGGAGUCUUUCCACCCGGGGAAUAUCCUGGACGGAUGGAGGAAGCUCUGCUAUCUAUCGCACCCAAGGGUUUAGAAUGCGUUCAGACGAUGAUGUGCGGAUCGUGCUCAAAUGAGAACGCGCUCAAACAAACUUUCCUACAAUAUAGGACCAAAGCCAGAGGAGGAGCAAUGCCAACACAGGAGGAAUAUGAUUCAGCCAUGCAUAAUCAGUUACCAGGUGCGCCAGAUCUGUCAAUUUUGUCAUUUAAUGGUGCUUUCCAUGGUAGAACUAUUGGGAUGCUGUCUUUGACCCACUCUAAACCAAUCCACAAGGUGGACAUUCCAUCCCUUGACUGGCCUGCAUCAGAUUUCCCAGCUCUCAGGUAUCCACUACACCAGUAUGAACAGGAGAACAGGGUAGAGGAGGAUAGAUGCUUGCAGAUGGUGAGAGAUAAGAUCGCGGAGUAUGCAGCUAAAGGUAAACCUGUCGCCGCUUGCAUCGUGGAACCCGUCCAAGCAGAAGGGGGAGAUCACCAUGCUACACCUUACUUCUUCAUUCAACUCCAGAAGAUCCUUAAAGAGGCUGGAGCAGCAUUUGUGGUGGAUGAAGUGCAGACGGGAGGAGGUAUAGCUGGGACUAUGUGGGCCCAUGAGCAGUGGAACCUGCCAGAGGCACCUGACGUUGUCACGUUUGCCAAGAAACUCAUCACAGGGGGCUACUACUACAAGCCAGAGUUUGCUCCUAAGCUGGCGUACCAGGUGUUCAAUACUUGGAUGGGGGAGCCAACCAAGUUGAUAAUGCUUGAAGCGAUCGUUGACACCAUCAAGAAGGACAAUCUCCUGGAAGUGGUCCAGAACUCUGGCAAGAUCAUCUUGAGUGGACUGGAGGAGCUGCAGGCCAAGUACCCUCAGUUCCUGUCCAGGGCGAGAGGGAUGGGCACCUUUAUUGCUGUUGACAUCUCAUCUCCGGAGACUGCAGGUGAUAUCGUAACCAGAGGAAGGAAAGCAGGUUUUAUCUUGGGUACCUGUGGGAAGCAGUCUCUUCGUCUACGCCCCGCCCUCAUCUUCCAGUCUCAGCACGCCGAGAUGCUACUGGACGAACUAGAUCACAUCCUGUCCGAGCUAUAGAAUGGUCUGAUGUGAACAUCAUCUGCGUAAAAACAGGGAUUGGGGAUAAAUUUUUAAAAAGGCCAAAGAGGAGAAAUUUUAUUUAUGCUCUUGAUGACGUCUUGUUAAAGAUGUUUCUGAUGUGGACAUCUUUCUGUACCAAACCAAGGAUUUGGGGUAGGGUUAGAGAAAAGGGCAAAGAUGAGAGAUGUAACAUAUCCUUUCAGAUCUGUAGACUAUUCUGGUAGGGACAUCUUCUGUAUCAACCAAGGAUAGGGAUUAAGAAAGGUGCAAAGAUGGGAGAUGUAACAGAUCCUGUCAGAAACAUAGAUGAUUCUAAUGUGAACAUAUUCUGUAUCAAAACAAGGCUUG